AUGGGGAAGAAGGGAAAAAUCGGGAAGAGCCGGCGGGACAAGUUCUAUCACUUGGCAAAGGAGACUGGUUAUCGCUCCCGCGCUGCUUUCAAGCUGAUCCAGCUCAAUCGCCGCUUCCAGUUCCUACAGAAAGCUCGAGCCCUGCUGGACCUGUGUGCCGCCCCGGGGGGAUGGUUGCAAGUGGCUGCCAAGUUCAUGCCUGUGUCCAGUCUCAUUGUGGGAGUGGACCUGGUUCCAAUCAAGCCUCUCCCCAACGUGGUGACGCUGCAGGAGGACAUCACGACAGACCGCUGCCGACAGGCCUUGAGGAAAGAACUGAAAACCUGGAAAGUUGAUGUUGUGCUCAAUGAUGGGGCACCCAACGUUGGAGCUAGCUGGGUCCACGAUGCCUAUUCACAAGCCCAUCUGACACUGAUGGCUCUGCGUUUGGCCUGUGAUUUUCUGGCUCGUGGUGGCUCAUUCAUCACGAAGGUUUUCCGCUCACGUGACUAUCAACCCCUACUGUGGAUCUUCCAGCAAUUGUUUCGCCAUGUCCAGGCCACUAAGCCCCAAGCCUCGCGUCACGAGUCGGCCGAGAUCUUUGUAGUCUGCCAGGGAUUCCUGGCUCCUGACAAGAUUGACAGUAAAUUCUUUGACCCCAAAUUUGCCUUCAAGGAGGUUGAGGUUCAAGCCAAGACUGUUACUGAGUUGGUGACUAAGAAGAAGCCAAAAGCUGAGGGCUACGCUGAGGGUGACCUCACUCUCUAUCACCGGCUUUCCGUCACGGAUUUCCUGCGAGCUGCAAACCCAGUUGACUUCCUCUCCAAAGCCAGCGAGAUCACACUAGAUGAUGAUGAGUUGGCACAGCACCCAGCCACCACUGAGGACAUCCGGGCAUGCUGUCAGGAUAUAAAAGUGUUGGGGCGAAAGGAGCUCAGGUCCCUCCUGAACUGGAGAACAAAGCUUCGGCGACAUGUGGCCAAGAAGUUGAAAGAGCAAGCAAAGGCACUGGACAUCAGCCUCAGCUCUGGAGAGGAGGAAGAGAGUGAGGAGGACAAGUCAACAACUGGCACCAUGAGGCAGCCCUCCAAAGACGAGGAAGAGGAGGAGGAGGAACAGCUGAAUCAGACUCUGGCAGAGAUGAAGGCACAGGAGGUAGCAGAGCUGAAGAGGAAAAAAAAGAAGCUACUCCGUGAGCAGAGAAAGCAGAGAGAGCGUGUAGAGCUGAAGAUGGAUCUGCCUGGGGUUUCCAUCGCAGAUGAGGGAGAGACUGGCAUGUUCUCCCUUCGCACCAUCCGUGGCCACCAGUUGUUAUCAGAAAUCACACAAGGGGAUAUGAGCGCUGCAGACACUUUUCUGUCUGAACUGCCAAGGGAUGACAUCUAUGUGUCAGAUGCCGAGGAUGAAGACGAUUCCUCUUUGGAUAGUGACCUGGAUCCAGAAGAGCUGGCCAGAGGUGAAGGCCAGCAGGGUCGAAAGGACCAAAAGUGUGUGCAGUCUGUUGAAGCAGAUGAUGAUAAUGAGGAGGAAGAGAAUCCACUGCUGGUCCCUUUAGAGGAAAAAGCAGUUCUGCAGGAAGAGCAAGCCACCUUGUGGUUCUCAAAGGAGGGCUUCAAUGGGAUUGAGGAUGAUGCUGAUGAAGCCCUGGAGAUCGGUCAGGCCCAGCUGUUGUAUGAGAGUCGUCGAAAGGGACAAGAGCAGCAGCCACAGCCACAAGCACAGAAGCCUUCAAGUUUGAAGACUGAGAAAGUGUCUCCCCAGUGCCAAGAUGAGUCCCCUAAGGAGACAGAAGCUUCUUCAAGGAUAGACUCUCUCCCAGGGGCACAGGCCACCACUACCCCUGGACGGGAAGAUGACAGCUCAGAGAGUGACAGCAGUAGCAGUGAGGAUGAAGAGAGCUGGGAACCACGCCGAGGGAAGAAGCGGAGCCGGGGAGCCGAGGCUGAUGAUGGUUUUGAAGUUGUGCCUAUUGAGGACCCACUCAGAUACAGGAUACUGGACCCUGAAGGCCUUGCUUUAGGUGCCAUUAUUGCUUCUUCUAAAAAGGCCAAGCGAGACCUCAUAGACAACUCCUUCAAUCGGUACACAUUUAAUGAGGAAGAGGGAGAGCUUCCAGAAUGGUUUGUGCAGGAAGAAAAGCAGCACAGGAUAAAGCAGUUGCCUGUUGACAAGAAAGACGUAGAACAUUACCGAAAACGCUGGCGGGAAAUCAACGCACGCCCCAUCAAGAAAGUGGCUGAGGCGAAGGCCAGGAAGAAACGCAGGAUGCUGAAGAGACUGGAGCAAACCAAGAAGAAAGCAGAAGCUGUGGUGAACACAGUGGACAUCUCUGAGCGGGAGAAGGUCGCACAGCUGCGAAGUCUCUACAAGAAGGCUGGGCUUGGCAAGGAGAAACGCCAGGUCACCUAUGUUGUAGCCAAAAAGGGCGUUGGCCGGAAAGUGCACCGGCCAGUUGGAGUCAGAGGGCAUUUCAAGGUGGUGGACUCAAGGAUGAAGAAGGAUCAAAGAGCCCAGCAACGGAAGGUGCAGAAGAAAAAACAAAAGCGAAAGUGA